UUCUGUUCCUUGCCUGGCCCGCUUUUCUUUGUCGGCCCGUCCCGUGGUCCGAAUAAGAGUUGCCGCGGCCCCCACUGCCGCGCAGGCGAAUAGCCGGCGCAGGUUGUUCCUCCACGGGAGUGAUUCCUCGGACCAGCCUCCAAGCUAAUCGGCUCCGUGCAGGCGAGCCAGGAGCGAACAGCGCAAGUCUGACUCUGCGGCCCCUGGGAUCUCAUUCCCCAUGUCCACGGAGCAGAGGAGCGAUCCAUGAAUCGACGGGGUGAGCGUGGAGAUUGCCGCAGUACUGUUUCCGCCCUGAAGUGCCGCAAUUGCCUUCCAACGAGGUCGGGCUGACGGCUUGCUCGGAACGCAAGGACAAUCAGAUUCUUACAAGCUCGCGGCAGCCGGGCCGAGCCCAGCAGGACAAAAACGAGCGUGUCCAAUUAGAAUGUCGGAGUGGACGAGAUAGGGCGGCCACAGGGGGGAAUGUCUUGAGAGGUGCGGCGGAUCUUCCUGGCUGCUGUUCGCCGCCACAUCUGCUCAAGUUCAAGGCACAAUGAUUCACUGAGCAACAGAGAAGUGGUGCCAUCCGCAGGCGGCCUCCUGUCUCCACGCGGACGCCUCCAGACACAGGCGACCGCUGUCUCCCUGCGAUUGGGACUGAGGACGGCCCCGCGACGCUCGCUCCCACGGCCGUGGCAGGGCCUCAGGGAGGUUGGGCGUGGGCCGUCUUGUGGGUGACGAUGACGACCGCCUCGACCAUCGGCUGCAUCGUGGCGCAGCUGACCUCGACGGGCCGCAGCCUGGUGAUGUGCCUCACGACGAGCGUCUUCCUCGUCAUCCCGUCGGCGUACUGCGCUGUGCGCCAGGGCUGGCGUCUCCACUGCGACCAGGUGGCCGAGGCCCAGCAGCUGGAGCAGGCGAUCGAGCAGAUGCAGGCGCUGCACCUCGGAGGCGGCGCUCGCGUGCCAGGUCCUACUGCCCCGCCUGGCGCCGAGCUGCCAUGGGAGACGACCACGUCUUCGAUACAUACACUGUACUUUUCGAGCCUGCGGAAGGGCGUGAUGACCGCCUUCAGACUAGAGACAAGAACUGUCACAGCACACGACUACAUCGGGUGCAGCGCUGGCACGGUGGCGGGACUUGCACGGGCAUCUUGAUAGGAGAGACAUAGCGGGCCAUGAAGAAAAAUAUCGUCUACUGACAAAAGGACAAUGCAAUACGAUAUGGCUGACACAUGAAAAGCUGAACUCGGGGAUCGGGAGCAGAGGUAACAGGAAUGGAGCAAGAACAUCUUGCUGUGCAAUAGCGUGCACUUGAAAAACAUUUGGGUGAAUCAAAAAGACGGCCAGGCAACUGCCAGUUCCGAGAACGAUGCCGCAAACAGAUACAAGAUGGAGGACUGUCCCAUGAGGACAGGGAGCGAGGAGGAGGAUGGCGCGCGGGUCGGGAUCGCGCGAGAGGCGGGCCGCCAGGCGCGGGGCGAGGGGCUGCGAAG